AUGACCACGACCUUUGAGUCUUUACCUGUCGAGCUCAUUGCUGAAAUCCUGAGUGAACUGGACCUUGCAUCUCUCAUCGAGGUCUCCUAUCUUUCUCGCAGGUUGCGUUUCAUUGCAUCAGACUCAUCUCUCAACCCAUGGAGGCGCCCUAUAAUUCGAAAUCUCUACAAUCUCGAUUAUGAGAACUGCCUGAAGCACCUGAGCGUCCGCACCAUCGUUCCUCGACAGAACUGGAUCGAAGUCUUGAGUCUCGCUACACCGAGCUUUUUGCUUUUCGAUGCGACACUGCCAAAUCUACGAGCAGUUGAAUGGGAGGAAUGUUUUCGCAGAAGGUUCUUGCCUGGCUGGACGAAGUGGAAGAAGGAUAGUUCUUGGAGGGAAGCUUUCCUUAAAGUACUUCAUCGAGUUUGGCAUCGAAGUCAUACAUCUUGUACCACAGAUGAAUCAUGGACGAAGUAUGUUGUUCUCAAUAGAAACGGGUCUGCGAAUGAACUUGAAGGAUCGUCGCGAAGCUUCAAUCCCCUCGUGAUUUUUAACGAAAUGAAGCUUCAGAGUAACCUGGCCCACCUUGAAACUAGAGUGAGGCUGGUCGUCGAAUUUCCAGAUGUACGCAUCAUCGCCCUUGGCGUUCUUAAUCGACCGAAGACGCAAUUCACGGUCAAUGCAAACGCUCGGGCUUUUCUGCACCCUCCUGGCAUUGAAGCGACAUCUCAAGCAGGCUAUGACCGACUUACAUAUCCGUUACCGUCGCAUUCUUACCGUGAUUAUCCGUUCUACACACCCGGCGGAAGCGAUAAAAGGUGGAUGGGCUCUGGUGCUUUGGAAGAAGAAGGCAUGCAGUGGGUUGGUGGUCUCAUGUUAACUACACAGAUUAUUGGAUCUCAUACUAGGGAGACCAUAGCGGAUGGGCCUCCUCUCCAAGAAAUGGAUAUAGUGACCGGUGCUGGUCGAAAUCAAUAUGCCUCAUUCUCCUGGCAAGAUCUUCUGGUGAUUGCACCGUGGAUGCAGGAGAGAGUGUCCAAGAUUAUCUAUGGUCCUGGCCUCGGGAACUAG